AUGGCGUCCAACGACGCAAGUCUCUCCGUGGGUCGCGGCUUUGAUAGCGUCAGCAGCCUCCCCGACGCAUUGCACGUCGGACAAGAGGAGGGGUUUGACUUUGUGUGCACGCCAAUCGUUGACCCAAUUGCACCGAGCAAAUACCAGGGCGAUCUGGCUGCCGGCCUCAACGCCGUUGACGAGAGCUUUGCUCAGUCCGACACCAUCCUCUCACAUGCUGAGUGGUCACGUUUCAUCGUGGCCGCCAUCUCAGACUGGAUCAACGUGGACAGUAAAGAUCCGUACCUCCAGCGCCUGUCCUCCGAGGCCCUCCAGCGUGAGCUUCGCUGGGCCAUCCACCUGGGUGUGCCAUGCAUCAUGCUGCCCCUGGCUUCGCCCGAUGUCGUGCGCCUUGCCAACACCAUCGCUCCCUUUGUGUCCUCCUCGCGUAUGACCCAGUUUUGGGUCCGUGCCCCUCUCGUGGCUCGCGAGUUGAUUAACAGCCAACCCGACGAACAGCAACGGUUGCUGCUCGCUCGCAGCGACGCAGAUCGUCCUCUGUACAGCAGCUGGGAGUGGUGGAAUCAGCUUCGUCGUCUUUUGGCGCCCUGCCUCCGUUUCAACGUCGCGUUGGAGCUAACAUCAGAUAUUUGCGAUGAAAAUGGCUUGCUUCAGUGGGAGGCCGAGCCCAUCAAGGCCCUGAUCGUUCCCACCUCCAUCUUCCUCACCAACUCCAAGGGCAACCCGGUUUUGUCCAAGGCACAUCAGGCACUCUUCCUCCGUUUCAUGCGAUUGAACCCUCAAGUGGUCGUGGUCGGUGAUGCCGCCGAAGGUCAAACACACAACAUUUACCUCCGCUACUUGCACUUCCUGUUCUCCAAACGUGCGCCGCCUUCCACGUACCAAUCCUUCACCAAAGGCUACGAAGAUUACAUUGAGAUUCCACUUCAACCCCUGAUGGACAACCUUGAGUCGCAAACCUACGAGACCUUUGAGAAGGAUCCAAUCAAAUAUGUGCAGUAUCAAAAGGCUGUCGAAAAAGCACUGUUGGAUCGCAUCCCAGAGAGCGAGGCCGAGAACACAACGGCCGUUGUCAUGGUGGUCGGUGCUGGUCGUGGGCCUCUGGUGCAACGCACUCUCGAUGCCGCUGCCGAGGUGGGCCGCCAAGUCCGCGUGUAUGCCGUCGAAAAGAACCCCAAUGCCGUCAUCACGUUGAAACACCGCAAACGCACCGAGUGGGCUGAUCGCGUGACCGUGGUCAGCCAAGACAUGCGUCGUUGGCAAGCACCCGAACAGGCAGACAUCUUGGUGUCCGAGCUGUUGGGAUCCUGGGGUGACAAUGAGCUGUCACCUGAAUGUCUUGAUGGUGCCCAGCGCUUUCUGAAGCCAGAUGGAAUUAGCAUUCCUGAGGAGUACACCUCAUACCUGGUGCCGGUGGCCGCCCACCGCGUACACACUGACUUGAGCGGCCAUACCUUGCCCAAGGCCCUCGAAACGCCGUAUGUUGUGCUGCUGCACAAUCACGUUUUGCUGGCUCCCGAGAUUAAGCCCCUGUUCAAGUUUUCGCAUCCCAAUCCCGAGUGCAGCAACCCAGAUGGCCCAGACAAUCAGCGCUACAUGACAGUUGCCUUCAAAGCCUCUCAUUCAGGCCUGAUGCAUGGCUUUGCUGGCUACUUUGACAGCAAGCUUUAUGGCGACGUGUAUAUCAGCAUUCACCCAGAAACGCACACCCCGGACAUGUUCAGCUGGUUCCCCAUGUUCAUUCCUCUCAAGAACCCUGUGUAUCUGCGGCAAGGCGAGACGGUCAAGGCCCACGUUUGGCGCAAAGCAGACCAACACAAGGUGUGGUACGAAUGGUGCAUCACCAGCCCACAGGUGUCCGAUAUUCACAAUCUGGGCGGCGAGCAUUAUUUUGUUGGUCUCUGAGAUGGGUGCUUGACAACUGCCCCAGUUUUUCAUUUUUGAGUGAUGGAUCAAGAUCCAGCGCGCACACUACGCGUUGUUGCAUGUCAGUUGGAAUUUGAUCUCGCAGAG